AUGCGUUAUCGCAAGACACGUGAAAUCACACUACCUUUCCGACUUAUUCCGUUGGUGCACGAGAUUGGGAAGCACAAGUUGGAAAUCAAAGUCGUCGUGAAAGCCACCUUUAAGCCCAGCCUCCUUGCUCAAAAGGUAGAGGUGCGCAUCCCCACUCCGAAUAAUACCAGUGGGGUUCAGGUGAUUUGUUCAAAGGGCAGAGCCAAAUACAAGGCAGCCGAGAAUGCCAUUGUAUGGAAACUUCCACGUAUUGCUGGAAUGAAAGACUCCCAGCUAUCCGCUGAAGUUGACUUGCUUCAGUCGUCAGACAAACCACAGCGUGUUAGUCGCUCACCAAUCUCCAUGAACUUUGAGGUUCCCUUUGCACCUUCGGGCUUUCGGGUUCGAUUUCUGAAGGUUUUCGAGCCAAAGCUGAAUUAUUCAGAUCAUGACGUCAUUAAAUGGGUUCGCUACAUUGGGAAAAGUGGCCUCUAUGAAACCCGGUGUUAA